AUGCCGACGGGAGACUGGUACAUUGACGGGCAGCUGGUUCCAUCGAAUUGGGUGGCCCGUCGAGACCCAAACUAUGUCCCAUUCCAAAGUCUAUGGUACUCCGAUCUAGCUUAUCCACAGGGCGCCAACUAUCCUCAGUAUGGCGACUGGUCAAGUGAAGACCAUGACAUGAUGCCAAUGUUUGUGCCUGAUUACCCCUAUCGAACUUGGGGUUUCGAUAAUGGGAAUAUGUACGCUGUAGAGAAUCCGUGGUUUUUGAACCAUGAGUACGAGUGGGAUCAAUGGUGGCCUUUGCCGGAAGGUAGGAGAUAA